AUGCUUCUCUACAACUUUAUUAGAAAGAUUAGAGAUAUAAUCAGAAUUUAUCAGAUAUUUAAUAGACACAUUUUGAAUAAAUGUAAAUGAUGGAUGAUUGAGUUUAAAAAUUGUAAGAUGAAUUAAUCAGAAGAAAUUAAGCUAUUGAAUUUUAAAAAGAAGAAAUUUAAUCAUUUGAUAAAAUUAUUAAUGAAUUGAAAAUAGGAGAAAAGACUUUAAUGCAAUCAUUAGAAGCUUAUAAAAUUAAAUAUUAAGAUUUAAUUGAUGAAACAAAAAAGGAAAUCAAUAAGCAAAAUUAAUAAUUUGAAAUUACAGUUCAACAAUUAGAAAAAGAGUUUCUUGAUGAAAAAGCGUUUCUAAUUGAUUAAAUUAAUUAAAUGUAGUAUGAAAUAACUAUGUUAAACUAAUAGAUCUAAGAAUCUUCAAGUAAGAUUCAUAAUAUUUUAAGAUCUAAAUCAUCAUUAUGAGAUGAAAUUCACUCAUGAGUUGAAUAGAAUUGUUAUCUUUAGGAAUAACAUCAAAUUACCGCAUAGGAUUUAGAAUAAAGAAUAAAAAAAUUAUAUAGUAACUUAAAAUCGAAUAUGAGUAACAAAAAAAUAAGUAAUGUUAAGAAAUUACUAAAUUAACUUCCUAAUUGGAAAUUAUUUCAUAGUAACUUCAUGAAAAUUAAGAAUUGAAUCAAGAAUUGUAAAUUGCUUUAGACAUACUAAACAAGCAUAAUGAAAAUACAUCUUAGCAAUUAAUUAGAUUACAAAAUGGAUUCGAAUCAUUGUAAAAUUAAUAAGAAAAUGACAUAUUUGAAUAAAAUUAAGAAAUUGAACAUCUAAAUGAUUAAAUUUCCCAAUUAACUGAACUAUUUGAAUAAAAUAAUGUAAAUUAUCUAAAAAUUUAUCAUUAGCUUUUGAUCUAAAGGCUAUAAAACGAACUAGAAACUUAGAAGUAAAAAUUAAUUGAAAUCCAGAAAUAGUAUUAAAUUCAAGGAUAAGUAAAAUAGGAGAUAAGUAAAUCCCAAUUUGAAUAAAUGAAAAGACAAAUCGAAUCUUAAAUAGAACUAUUAGAUUAUGAAAAAAAAACGAUAUUAUAUUAAUUUGAAAUGAAAAAAGAGAAUGCAAAGAAUGGAAGCAACAAAAUAAUAAAAAUUUUUGAUGCUGAUUUUUUUAAUCAUUACUUAUUAGUGAUUAGAAGAUAUUAUUUUUUAUUUUAUAAAUCUUAUAAAUUAAAUAUUAACAUUCUAAAAUUAUUGAAAAUAUACAUCCAUCAAGAAAAUAUAUUUUGA